AUGACUUGGGCACAGUUCAAGGAAGAGGUAAUGACAAAAUACUUUCCUCAAUCGCUGAGGGAUCGGAGAGAGGCAGAGUUCCUACAGCUGAAACAAGGAAAUAUGUUGCUUGAUGAGUAUGAAAGGAAGUUUGAACAACUUUCUAGGUAUGCUACACAUCUUGUCGAUACUGAGCCAAAGAAGGCUAGAAGGUUCGAAUUAGGCCUGCGUCCAGAGAUUGGAGGAAUCAUGGCAUCUCACCAUACGACCACAUAUAGUGAAGUACUUCAAAGAGCACAGUCAAUUUAUGAUCGUCUAGAAAUGGAUCGGAUGACUGAGAAGAAUAAUGAGUCAUAUGGGAAACGAAAGUGGAAUGGAUCGAAUAAAGGGAAGGGAUUGGGACAAUUUAAGAAGUCCAAUAUAAGAUCAGAAUCAGGGUCAAGUAAACCAAAUAAAGUUACUCCACGAUGCCCAAAGUGCAAUAAGGCCCAUGGAGGGGAGUGCUGGUUUGGGAAAAAUGUGUGCUAUCGAUAUGGCCAAGAAGGUCAUUUUGCUUCGGAUUGCAAGGCAUACCCACCUAAGAAGGAUAAUGAACAGGGAAGGAAAGUGAAAGCCAAAGUCUUUGCUUUAACCCGGGAAGAGGCAACAGAGGAUCCAAAUGUAAUGGCAGGUAUUUUAUCAAUAUCUGAACUACCUGCAUAUGUUCUUAUAGACUCCGGAGCUACUCAUUCAUUUAUCUCCACCGCAUUUAUUGCUAAAUCACGUACUGCAUGUGAAAAAUCUGAUAGUGUUCUAGAAAUUUCUAUUCCAUCUGGUAGAAUUUUGAAUACCAAUCAGAUCGCUAGGGCGGUAAAAUUAGUAAUGGAAGGAAAAGAAUUUGUAGCUGAUCUACACCUCCUAGACAUGAAAGACUUUGACGUUAUUCUAGGAAUGGACUGGUUGGGAAGCAAUCACGCAACCAUUCGAUGUUUUGAAAAGGAAGUAGUUUUGAAAAGGCCUGGGGAGGAUGAAUUUCGAUUUUUCGCGGUACAAGUUAAGUCUUUACAGCGAAUCUUGUCGGCCAUGAAAGCAGAAAAGAUGUUAAAGAAAAGAUUCUGUCAAGGAUUUCUAGUGAGUAUACAUGGAACUCAACAUUCGGAGCUUACGAUUUGUAAUGUGCUGGUUGUACGAGAUUUCAUUGAUGUAUUUCCUAAUGACUUGCCUGGCGCGCCACCAGAUAG